AUGAGAAGAGACAGACGGCCCAAUGGCACGACAGAAAUUGAAGUCGUUGGAGUUCUCCGACCGUCUACGUUGGAAGGACUGAGUAGAAAGUAUUUGGUGUUAAUCCAAUUUUGUGGUGUCCUGAGGCUUUCAACUCAGGGUGACCUGUUGAUGGAAUGUCUUCUGGAGGCGGAUCCCCCGCCUACAAUAGCUUGGCAGCAUGCUGGAAAUGUCAUAUCACCGUCAUCUCGAGUCACACAAGUGCUCAGUCCUCUGGACGGCAUUCUAUAUAAGGCAAACCUCAUAAUAAAGGAGCCGAAUGCAGGAGAUGGCGGUGCGUACAAAUGCACAGCAAGAAAUCAGUUGGGCGAAUCAAACGCCAAUAUCAACUUGAAUUUCGCAGGAGGUGGUGAUGAGAAUAAGUCGAAGGGACCGUCAUUCGUUGGAAAACCACGAAUCAUUCCAAAAGAUGGCGGAGCCUUGAUAGUAAUGGAAUGCAAAGUAAAGAGUCCCACGCCGCCCGUUGCAAAAUGGUUAAAAGAUGGCGUACCGCUACAAAUGGGCGGUCUCUAUCAUGCUAUUUUUGUUGACCUUGGCGAUCAGACAUACUUAUGUCAGCUGGAAAUCAGGGGUCCAUCGGCUUCUGAUGCCGGCCAGUACCGUUGCAAUCUCCGAAAUGAGCAAGGAGAGACAAAUGCCAAUCUUGCCCUAAACUUCGAAGAACCCGAUCCCAGUGAACGGCAAGAAAAGAAGAGUCGCCGAUCCCCGUCAGAGAAGAGAAAAGACACAGCAUCACCUCGGCCCCCAUCCAGAGGUAACGGUUCUCGCCCUGGGAGUCCCAAAAAAUCCCUCAAGUCCCGAGAGGGUACUCCCAAGAGAGGAAAAGGCAGAGAAGGAUCACCUACUAAGAAGUCCCGAACAUCGACUCCGGUACAGGAAUCCGCUAAUACCCUUGCACCUGAAGAUGCAGCUGCAGCCGCAGAUUCGCGAAGGUCUAGUAAAUCUGAAAAGAUGGAGGUCGAUUCAGCCACAACUAAACGCAAACCUGAGGGUCUACCUGUCCCACCCUCUACCGAUGAAAAGAAGAUGCGAACGUCAUCUCCUGUACCACCUUCUGAUGAUCAAAAAUUGCGUGCUGCUUCACCAGCACCUCCCGCUUCAGACGAAAAGAUGGAGCGUUCGAAGUCCCCAAAGCCUGAGGAGAAGAAAACUCGCGCUAAAUCUCCGCUACCACCUCCUUCAGAAGAAAAGAAGGCGCGUUCCAAAUCUCCAGUGCCACCUACGUCAGAAGAUGAAAAGAGGAAAGCUUCGAAGUCUCCGGUACCUCCGGAACCAAGCGCUGCUCUUUCAAGCAAAAGAGACAAGUUCACUCGACCGCCUAUCGUUAUGGAGGCGAUUCGAUCGCAGACCGGCAAACCGGGCGAUACCAUUCAUUUGGAAGUGGAAUGGCAAUGCCAUACGUCGACUGUCAUUGAAUGGUUCAAAGAUGGCAAGAAGCUGCAAAUGACGGACGACUAUCGUGCGACAUUCGAUGGUGUCAAAGCUCAUCUGACAGUGAGGAACUUGACAGAGGACAAGACUGGUCUUUACAAAUGCCACGCCGUCUGCGAGUAUGGUGAAGGCCAGAGCAGCGCGAUGGUCAAAAUGGAAGACCUUGAUGAAAACUUGCUGAAGAAACAGAAACAGGAACAACAGCCAAAACAGUCGCUGGGUGUUAAGGAAUCCGACGACGAAACCAGUAUUUCUUCAAUUGCGUCGAAGAAAAAGAUGAGCAAAAGCAAAAGCCCUGAGUCUCAAGCGGACGACAUCCCAUCAUCGGGACUGACAAUCCCCGAAGAGCGACGACGUGAAUUGCUCGGUGAGACCAGCGAAGACGAGAUUACAGAGUCUAUCUCUGAACUGCCUUCGAUUUCUGGGCCACGGCGCAGAGGCAGUGUGGACAUGCGUCGCGAAUCGGUUCAAGAGAUCAUGAGUAGGGUAAUCACCCCACUCAUUCCAUCCGGGCAGAAAGGCAAACCACCAAGAAUCGUUGAAGUCCCAGAGAACGUUACCGUCGUAGAACAGGAAACAGCAGUGUUGCAAUGCAAAGUGGAAGGCGAUCCACCCCCAACGGUCCGUUGGUCGAAAGGCAAUCGAGAAAUCAUGAACGGAGGUCGAUUCCGGCAUAUGACCGACGGAGAGACAAAUACCGUAUCACUUGCACUUUUGAAGUGCCGGUCACAGGACGAUGGAGCUUAUACCCUCACAAUUGAGAACGCACACGGGUCCGAUUCAAUCGACAUCAAGCUGCUGGUCACAUCAGACAACGGACUCGAUUUUCGAGCCAUGCUCAAACACAGGGACGCCGACCCAGCCGAUAAGAAAUCAGAAGAAGAGAAACCACCUAUGACGGAAGCGGAGAGGAGGCAAUCGCUGUUUCCAGGAAAAAAGGUCGAGAAGUGGGAACAGCCGCUUGCGGACAAGACCGUGCAGCAGCAGGUCGACAAGUUUGCGGAAUGGAAAUGUGUAUAUUCCCGUCCAAAUGCAAAAAUUCGAUGGUACAAAGACAGAAAGGAGAUUUUCUCCGGAGGGCUCAAAUACAAAAUCGUUAUCGAGAAAGCGGUCUGCACGUUGAUCAUUAACAAUCCCGAGGUCGAUGACUCCGGCAAGUACACUUGUGAGGCAAAUGGAUUGCCUACCAGCGCUAUACUUACAGUCCUUGAACCACCAAUGAAGUACUCUUUCCUCAAUCCGUUGCCUAAUACGCAAGAAAUAUACCGAACUAAACAGGCAGUGCUUACCUGUAAGGUGAAUUCACCACGGGCUCCUCUAGUCUGGUAUCGAGGAGAUAAACCCAUAAACGAGUACGUUCUGUCCUGCUUAGUGGCUGGCUUUCUGUCGCCUUCUGGGAACCUAAUAGGAUGGUUUUGCAGAAAUGAUAAGCGAUUCACGAUUGAAAAGGAUGCCGUUGGUCGCUGCACACUUACGAUCAAGGAAGUGGAGCAGGAUGAUCAAGCUGAAUGGACAGCUUUCAUUACGAACGAAGUUUUUAGUAAAGUACAAGUAUACGUAGAAGAACCUCGACACACAUUCGUCGUGCCCAUGAAGUCGCAGAAGGUGAACGAGAAUGAUCCAGCCACCCUUGAGACAGACGUCAACGAUCGAGACGCCGAUGUAGAAUGGUGGCAUGACGGCGUGAAAAUCAACAUCGAUGGCAAGAAGUACAAAGAAGAGCGCGUUAGUAGAAAGCGGCGGCUCAUCAUCCAACAGGCAAAGAUUGAAGAUCACGGGGAAUACAGAUGCACAACGAAAGACGAUAAAACCAUGGCACAACUAAUUGUUGAACCACUGAACAAGUUCAUAGUACAGCUGAAAGAUUUGGAAGUUAUCGAGAAGGAAGAUGUGGUGAUGUCAUGCCAAACGAAAGACACAAAGACUCCUGGACUGUGGAACCGCAACGGAAUAAAGAUUACCAGCAUGCCUGGAGGUAAAUUCGAGACAUCAUCCCGAAAUGGUACUCAUACACUGAAGAUCAGCAAAAUCGAGAUGAACGAGGGCGAAAACUACGAGAUCGACGUCGCAGGUCUCAUUGGAAAAUGUUUCGUGACAGUGCUCGAAGCAGAGAAGCGGCCAGUAAUCAACUGGAAACCAAAGAAAAUCGAAGCGAAAGCCGGCGAACCAUGUUCUGUAAAGAUUCCCUUCCAAGUCAAGGGAGCGAAGCGUGGCGAUCCGAAGGCAACAAUCCUUCGGAAUGGAAAGCCAAUAGACGAGAAAAUGAAGAAACUGAUCGAAGUGGUGUUCAACGGCGACGUUGCCGAGAUCAUUUUCAAGGAUCCACAGUUGGCAGAUACUGGCAAAUGGGCGCUGGAGUUGAGUAACUCUGCAGGAGCCGCUGUUGCUCCAUUUGAACUGUUCGUUAAGGACAAGCCGAAACCACCAAAGGGUCCACUUGAGGUGAAGAACGUCACAGCAGAAGGUUUGGAUCUGAAAUGGGGUGCGCCGGAAGGGGACGAACGUCAACCGGUGAAAGCCUACAUCGUCGAGGUGCAGGAGGGACGAAGUGGACAAUGGAAAAAGUUGGCAGAGACCAAAUCAACCGAGCUGAAGGUGAAAGAUCUGAAAGAGAACGGCGAAUACAAAUUCCGUGUCAAAGCUGUGAACGACGUCGGAGAGUCAGAACCUCUCACUGGAGAGACUGUCGUCGCUAAGAACCCGUUCAAAGUACCUGGCAAGCCGAGAAACAUGGACGUAGCCGACAUGGAUAAAGAUCACCUCACUCUUCAAUGGGAGCCACCCGAAGAAGACGGCAAUUCACCCAUCAUCGAAUAUAUUGUUGAGAGACGAGAGAAAUCUGAGAAAAACUGGAACACUGUCGGAACUGCUCCUGCUGAUGGUCUGGGAGUGCACUACCUUACAGAUAACAAGGUCGUCGAAGGCAAGGAGUACUACUACCGCGUAAGGGCUGUCAACAAAGCCGGCCCUGGUGACCCUUGCGAUCAUGGAAAGAGUUUCAAAAUCAAGGCUAUACCAGUUGAGCCAGGCUUCCCCGGUGGAGGCAUCAAAGAUUUGCGCCUCAAAGUUGGUGAAACCAUCAAAUACGAUGUGGAUAUUACUGGUGAACCACUUCCUGAAGUGGCAUGGACUGUAAACGGCAAGCCGCUGAAGCCCAUUGGACGCGUGAAGAUGAGUACCGAAAGGGGCAAGACAAAACUGAAGAUCGAAAACGCGGAGCGAUCCGACUCUGGGCAGUUCACUAUCAUCUUGAAGAAUCAGUGUGGUGUUGCUGAUAGCACCGCGAAAGUGACGGUGGUUGGAAGGCCAUCUCCUCCGAAAGGACCGCUUGACAUCUCGGAUGUUUGUGGCGAUGGAUGUACUCUCGCUUGGGAACCACCUGAGGAUGACGGCGGUGAUCCUCUCACUGGCUAUGUGAUCGAAGCUCAAGAUAUGGACAACAAGGGCAAGUACAUUGAGGUUGGUCGUACCGACGGCAAAACCACAAGUAUGAAAGUGAAAGGACUUCGAAAUAAGGGCAACUACAAAUUCAGGAUAAAAGCUGUUAACAAUGAGGGUGAAUCCGAACCGUUGACAGCCGAUCAGUACACUUUGAUCAAGGACCCUUGGGAUGAGCCUGGAAAACCUGGACGGCCAGAAGUCACUGAUUAUGAUGCGGAUCGCAUAGAUCUGGCCUGGACUCCCCCGACAAAAGAUGGCGGUGCACCCAUUGAGGGUUACAUUGUUGAAGUUCGCGAUCCAGACACCAAGGAAUGGAAAGAAAUCGCCAAAGUCCCAGACACUAAUGCCUCUAUCAAAGGACUGAAAGAAGGGAAAGAAUAUCAGUUCCGAGUGAAGGCUUUCAAUAAAGCCGGCGUAGGACACCCGUCCGAUGCAUCUGAGAAGCAGGUUGCCAAGCCGAAAUUCAUUCCUGCUUGGUUGAAACACGACUGCCUGAAGAGUAUCACGGUGAAAGCCGGUCACUCUGUUCGUUGGGAAGUUAAAAUUGGUGGAGAGCCUGUACCCGAGGUGGUAUGGUCAAAAGAAGACAAACCAAUUGAGCCGUCUCUCAAUCUCAGCAUCGACACCAAGAAGAACGAUCACACCAUUCUAUGUAUUCCAUCGGCAGUCCGCGCCGAUAGAGGAGAGUAUAGGCUGUCCGUGAAAAAUGCAUAUGGUUCCGAUACAGAAGUGGCUAAUUUGACUGUACUGGAUCGACCAUCAAAACCGAAUGAUGACGAUGGAGGUGAGCCUAUUGAGUAUUAUGAAGUCGAGAAAUUGGAUACAGACACGGGACGUUGGGUACCUUGUGCGAAGGUAAAAGACACAAAAGCCCACAUUGAUGGUCUGAAAAAGGGCCAAAGCUACCACUUCAGAGUGAAAGCGGUGAAUAAAGAGGGAGUAUCUGAUCCACUGGCUACAACUCAAGAGACUAAGGCGAAAAAUCCAUACGACGCACCAGGAAAACCGCACACCCCAGAAAUAACAGACUGGGAUGCAGAUAGGGUUUCUCUAGAAUGGCAACCACCUGACUCUGAUGGCGGAGCUCCUAUUACCCAGUACAUCAUCGAGAAGAAAGGAAAACAUGGACGUGAAUGGCAGGAGUGUGGAAAGGUUGGCGGAGACGAGACUGCGGCCACAAUUUUGGGCCUGAAGGAAGGAGAAGAGUACCAGUUCCGAGUGAUAGCCGUUAACAAAGCUGGUCCUGGAGAAGCAUCUGAUCCCAGCCGAAAAGUUGUUGCAAAACCCAGAAAUCAAAAACCAUGGAUUGACCGAGAAAAGAUGAAGACGAUGACAGUCAAAGUGGGACAAGAUGUUGUAUUCGACGUUCCUGUCCGUGGAGAGCCUCCACCAGAGAAAACGUGGAUGUUUGCCGACAAGCCGGUUGACGAUUCCAAAGUCAAGAUUGAUAAUGAAGACUACAACACCAAGUUUGUGCUACGAGGUGCCACUCGUGCCAACUCUGGAAAAUACACACUCACAGCAAAGAAUGCUAGCGGUAUGGACACCCACACUGUUGAAGUCACGGUUCUUGGCAAACCAAGCGCUCCAGAAGGACCUCUAGAAGUCAGCAAUGUGUUUGAGGACAAAUGUGAUCUGGAAUGGAAGCCACCGCUUGAUGAUGGUGGAAUACCAAUUGACCAUUACGAUAUCGAAAGACUGGAUGAAGCCACCGGAAGAUGGGUACCAUGUGGUCGUGCAGAAGGCACCAAAGCCACCGUCAACAACUUGCAGCCAGGACACCAGUAUAAGUUCCGCGUUCGCGCUGUCAAUAAGGAAGGCGAGUCCGAUCCGUUAGCAACUGAUCAGUCAAUCCUUGCUAAAAAUCCUUACGAAGUUCCUGGAAAAAUGGACAAGCCCAAAGUUACCGACUGGGAUAAAGAUCAUGCUGAUUUGGAAUGGAAACCACCCGCAGACGACGGUGGUGCUCCCAUUGAGGAAUACGUGAUUGAGCAAAAGGAUAAGCAUGGACGAUGGGAACCGGUGAUGACCGUUCCUGCAGAACAGACAACGGCUACAGUUCCAAAUCUCAAGGAAGGCGAAGAGUAUCAGUUCCGUGUCAUUCCCAAGAAUAAAGCCGGCUUUGGCGAACCUUCUGAUCCUACUGAUAAGAUCAUUGCCAAGACGCGAUUCCUGGCUCCUCACAUCCACCGUGAAGAUCUGGAAGAUACAAUAGUUCGUGUUGGUCAGCAGAUUAAGUUCAACAUCCACAUUGAUGGUGAACCUGCUCCAGACGUUCGAUGGACAUUCAAUGAUAAGAGCAUUGGAGAGAGCAAGGCCCAAAUUGAGAAUGAGGAUUACCUCUCCAAAUUCAACAUCCCCAAGGCAGUGCGCAAGCAGAGUGGCAAAUACACCAUCACAGCCACUAAUGACAGUGGAACCGAUUCUGUGACCAUCACAAUCAAAGUGAAAAGCAAGCCGUCGAAGCCAAAGGGACCUUUGGAUGUGAAAGACGUUUUCGAAGAUCGCGCCACGCUCAGCUGGAAGCCACCAGAGGACGAUGGCGGCGAGCCAAUUGAACAUUACGAAAUCGAAAAGAUGAGCACCAAAGACGGCAUCUGGGUGCCGUGUGGACGUACUGCUGACACUUCCUUCGUCGUUGACUCCCUCAAUAAAGGAGAUCAUUACAAGUUCCGUGUCAAGGCCGUGAACAGCGAGGGUGCAUCCGAUCCACUUGAAAGUGAUACGGAUAUACUGGCAAAGAAUCCAUUUGACCGCCCAGACAGACCUGGACGGCCUGAACCUACAGACUGGGAUAGCGAUCAUGUUGAUUUGAAAUGGGAUCCACCACUCAAUGAUGGCGGUGCUCCCAUCGAAGAAUACCAAAUCGAGAAGCGUACCAAAUACGGAAGAUGGGAGCCAGCUAUCACUGUUCCGGGCGGACAGACAACAGCGACUGUCCCUGAUCUGACUGCAAAUGAGGAAUAUGAGUUCCGUGUUAUUGCCGUGAACAAGGGAGGCCCAUCUGAUCCCAGCGAUGCCAGCAAACCAGUCAUCGCCAAACCUCGUAAUCUGGCUCCAAAGAUCGACCGUGACGCACUAAAAGAGCUGAAGGUGAAAGCAGGACAAGCAAUCGCAUGGGAUGUGCCUGUCGAAGGUGAACCUGCACCAACAGUAACCUGGAGUUGGCCAGAUCAUCGCGAGAUCCGAAAUGGAGGCCGAGUGAAAUUGGACAAUCCCGAAUACCGCUCUAAACUGCACAUUCGACAAAUGGAACGAGGAGACAGUGGAAUGUACACCAUUCGGGCCGUAAACCCGAAUGGAGAGGAUGAAGCCGUUGUCAAAGUCACCGUAAUAGACAAGCCAUCACCACCAAAUGGACCACUUGAUGUACACGACGUUUAUGCCGACCACUGCUCUCUUGAUUGGAAACCACCAGAUGAUGACGGAGGAAUUCCUAUUGAAAACUACGUGAUUGAAAAACUCGAUGUCGCCACUGGUCGAUGGGUUCCUGCCGCUAAAGUGCCAGGAGAUCAGACGACAGCCGUUGUUGACGGACUUAUUCCUGGACACGAGUACAAGUUCCGUGUGGCAGCAGUGAACGCCGAAGGAGAGUCUAGUCCGUUGGAAAGCUUCGGAUCGACUCUUGCCAAAGAUCCUUUCGACAAACCUGGAAAGACCAGCGCUCCAGAAGUGACAGACUGGGACAAGGACCAUGCAGAUUUGAAGUGGAAUCCACCAAUUAAUGAUGGCGGAGCUCCAAUUGAGGGUUACGUUGUUGAGAUGAAAGAGAAGAACUCUCCAUUCUGGACGGAAGCACUGCAGGUUCCUGGAGAUCAGACUACUGCGACUGUACCAAACCUCAAAGAAGGCAAUGAAUAUGAGUUCAGAAUUCGCGCCAAGAACAAGGCUGGCACAGGAGAUCCAUCGGAUCCUUCACAAACGAUUAUCGCAAAAGCUAGAAAUGUUCCUCCGAAAAUCGACCGCAGUGCGUUAACGGAGAUAAAGGUGAAGGCCGGAAGCGAGAUCCACCUGAACGUUCCCGUGUCCGGCGAACCUCCACCAGAAAUCACUUGGUCAUUCGCAGAUAAGCCACUGGAAUCAGACGAUCACGUCAAAAUCAACAACGAGGAUUACAAGACGAAAUUCCUUGUGAAAAGAGCUCUACGAUCUGAUACGGGCACCUACGUAAUUACUGCGACAAACGUCAAUGGUACAGAUACGGCUGAAUUGAAAGUCACUGUGUUGGAUCAUCCAGGAGAACCACGUGGUCCACUUGAUAUAAGUAAUGUCACGAAAGAAGGUUGUGAUUUGGCUUGGAAGGAACCCGAUGAUGACGGAGGAGCAGAAAUCGACCACUACGUCAUAGAAAAACAAGACGCCAAUACUGGCAGAUGGACGACGUGCGGUGAGAGCAAGGACACCAAAUUCCAUGUUGACGAUCUGGUCCAAGGCCAUGAAUAUAAGUUCCGCGUGAAGGCAGUGAAUCGCUAUGGCGAAUCAGACCCAUUGGAAGCCCCCAAGGCGAUCGUAGCAAAAGAUCCCUUCGAUUGUGCCGACGCCCCAGGAGUCCCAGAAAUUAUCGAUUGGGACAAGGAUCAUGCAGACCUGCAAUGGACACCACCACUCGACGACGGAGGAGCUCCUGUUGAGGAGUACCUCAUCGAAAUGAAAGCUGGAAACGGUGAAUGGGUACCCGCCAAGAAGGUGCCAGCUGAUCAACUUACGACCACCGUCGACAAUUUGAAGCCCGGCCAGACAUAUCAGUUCCGUGUGAAAGCCCUGAACAAAGCUGGAGAGUCUCGGCCAUCCGAUCCCAGCAAGGCCAUGAUUGCUAAGCCAAGGAAUCUGCCACCAAAGAUCAAUCGUGACAUGUUCAACGAUCUCCGCAUCAAAGCUGGUCAGACGAUCAACUUCGACGUAAAUGUAGAGGGAGAGCCAGCACCGAAGAUCGAAUGGUUCCUGAACGGCACACCAAUCCAGUCGCUCGGAAAGGUCAAAAUCGACAAUUCAAACGAUAACAACACCAAACUCGACAUAAAAGACUCUGCCAGAGCCGACAGUGGCAAAUACAAGAUCGUGGCCACAAAUGAGAAUGGACGCGAUGAAGCUGAGGUCACCGUGAAUGUGCUUGAUAUUCCUGGAGCUCCUGAAGGACCACUAGCAGUCAAGGAUAUCACGAAGGACAGCUGUACGUUGAAAUGGCACCCACCUGAGGACGACGGUGGCUCUCCAAUCACCAACUACAUUGUUGAAAAGCAAGAGGAUGAUGGUCGAUGGGUACCGUGUGGUGAGACUGCCGAUACGAACCUGAAAGUUGGAAAACUGAACGAAGGACACGAAUACAAGUUCCGAGUCAAAGCUGUGAAUAGACAGGGCGUUUCGGCACCUCUACAGACUGACCACGCCAUCGUUGCGAAGAAUCCGUAUGACGAACCUGGUGCGCCCACAGAUGUUACUCCUGUUGAUUGGGACAAGGACCAUGUGGACCUUGAGUGGAAGGCUCCUGAGAACAAUGGAGGAGCUCCUAUUGAGCAGUAUAUUGUGGAAAAGAAAGACAAAUACGGUGAUUGGGUGCCAUGUGCAACUGUGGAUGGCAAGACCACAAAGGCCACAGCUGGUAACCUCGUCGCUGGCGAGACAUAUCAGUUCCGUGUGAAGGCUGUGAACAAAGCAGGACCUGGCAAACCUUCUGAUCCUACAGGCCCCAUCAUUGCAAAACCGAGAAAGAUGGCGCCGAAGAUCAGCCUGGCUGGUCUCCUCGAUCUGCGCAUAAAGGCCGGUACUCCACUGAAGUUGGAGGUAAUGUUCGAGGGAGAACCAUCACCUGCAGCCAUCUGGCGUGCCAACGACACUGUACUGAAUGACCUUCCUCGGGCGGAAGUUACCACCACUCCCACAUCAUCCGAAUUGCAAAUUUUCUCCAGUGUUAGAGGAGAUACUGGUCUAUACACCAUAACUGUUGAAAAUGAGCAUGGCAAAGACAAGGCGCAAUGCACGGUCACUGUGCUUGAUGUGCCGAGCCCUCCAGAGGGACCUUUGAAGGUAAAUGAAAUCCACAAAGAAGGAUGUACUUUGAACUGGAAGCCACCACUUGAUAAUGGAGGUUCGGAUAUUCUCCACUAUCGUGUGGAAAAGAUGGAUACAUCGCGUGGAACCUGGCAAGAAGUUGGCGAAUUCCCAGAAUGCACGGCCAAAGUUGGAAAACUGGUACAUAUGAAGGAAUAUCAGUUCCGAGUGAUGGCUGUAAAUCUUCAAGGAGAAUCGAAACCGCUCGAAACUACUGAACCGAUCAUCGCCAAAAACGAAUUUGAUGUUCCUGACCCUGUGGAGAAACCAGAAGUGGUGGACUGGGAUAAGGACCGUAUCGACAUCCAGUGGAAACCUCCAGCAAACAACGGAGGAAGCCCUGUGAAAUCUUAUAUCGUAGAGAAGAAGGAGAAAGGCAGUGCCAUCUGGAGCGAAGCAGGCAAAACGUCCGGAACAAAGUUCUCGGCUAGCAAUCUCAAGCCUGGUGUUGAAUAUGAGCUUCGUGUCAUUGCUGUCAACGAAGCUGGUCCCUCAGAUCCAUCAGAUCCGACCGACCCGCAGAUUACCAAGCCUAGAUACUUGAAGCCGAAAAUCCUCACGCAGAAUCGAAAGAUCAAGAUCAAAGCCGGCUACACUCACACUAUGGAAGUGGAGUUUGAUGGAGCCCCAGACCCUACACCGACCUGGACCUUCAAGGAGGGACAGCCCUUGCCACCUGAACUCUUGAUCGAGGGAAAACCUGGUCUCACUUCGAUCUUCUUCCCGAGUGCUAAACGUUCCGACAGUGGAUCGUACACGCUGAAGGUGAAAAACGAAGUGGGCGAAGAUGAAGGGGUGUUUGAGGUCGUUGUGCAAGACCGUCCGGCAGCCCCAGAAGGACCGCUUGAGGUCUCUGAUGUGACUAAAGACAGCUGCGUGCUCAGCUGGAACCCACCGAAGGACGAUGGUGGUGCUGAGAUCACCAACUAUGUGGUGGAAAAACGCGACACGAAGACUAACACAUGGGUUCCUGUGUCGAACUUCGUCACUGGAACAAGAAUUACAGUGCCAAAGUUGGUUGAGGGACAUGAAUACGAAUUGAGAGUCAUGGCUGAGAAUGCCUUCGGACGAUCAGAUCCUUUGAAUACCACAGAGCCAGUGCUCGCCAAGGAUCCAUUCGGAGUUCCUGGAAAGCCUAGCAAGCCGGAAAUCGUUGACACAGACAACGAUCACAUCGAUAUCAAAUGGGAGCCACCUCGUGACAACGGCGGCUCUCCGAUCGAGCACUAUGAUGUCGAAAGGAAGGAUUUGAAGACCGGACGAUGGGUCAAGGUCAACACCUCUCCCGUUCGUGGUACAUCUUUCUCGGACAAUCGUGUACAAAAAGGCCAUACCUACGAAUACCGUGUGGUGGCUGUGAACAAGAGUGGACCGGGUGCUCCUUCGGACCCCUCGGCUGCAGCUACAGCUAAACCUAUGUACGAGUUACCAGGAUUUGAUUUGGACAUCGAUGGAAAAGAAUUCCGAGUUAAAGCUGGUGAACCUUUGGAUAUUUUGAUUCCUAUGCAUGGAUCACCCACACCUGAAGUGAAAUGGAUCAAAGACGGCAAGGAAAUGCCAGGAAUCGAAACCACCGAAGACAAAACUCGUCUCUUCAUCCAAUCAUCAAGGCGAAGUGAUGGUGGUGCAGUGAAAAUCAAAGCGACCAACAACCUUGGAGAAGCCGAAGCAAACAUCAAAAUCACUGUCAUUGACAAACCCGGCGCUCCAGAGAACCUUACUUAUGACGCCGUGACCAGACACACUUGCACUCUCAAAUGGGUGCCUCCCAAAGACGACGGAGGUUCUGAAAUCACCGGCUACAAGAUCGAAUACCAAGAAGUGGGGUCCCAAAUAUGGGAGAAAAUUCCCGGUGCAGUUUCGGGCACCUCGUACACAGUUCGCGGACUGGAGCAUGGUCAACAGUAUCGGUUCCGCGUCCGUGCCGAAAAUAUGGCAGGCCUAUCAGACUACGUCACUGGUGCCCCUGUCGUGAUCAAAGACCCAUUCAACCCACCUGGACCACCUUCAACACCGGAGGUAACCGGCUACGACUCGAAUCUCGUAUCGUUAGCCUGGAAUCCACCCAAAGACGACGGCGGCUCUCCGAUCCUCGGCUACGUUGUUGAACGAUUCGAGAAGAAAGGCGGCGGUGACUGGGCUCCUAUCAAGAUGCCUCUUGUAAAGGGAACAGAAGUAACAAUUCCAAACCUCCACGAGGGUGAAACGUACCAAUUCCGCAUAAGAGCAGUGAAUGCUGCAGGUGAGGGAGAAGCCAGCAAUGGAUCUGAGCCGGUCACCUGCAGGCCAUUUGUUGUGCCUCCCGGUGCACCAGAUCAACCCAGAAUUGGAAGCAUCACCAGGAACUCUGCGGAAGUACUUUGGAGCCGACCCAUGAAAGACGGAGGCGCUCCGAUUGAUGGCUACUACGUCGAGAAGAAGAAGAUUGGCGAUACGGACUGGAGCAGAGUCAACGCCAAGCCUCUGAAAGGAACCUCCUUAGUUGUGGAUGGACUAGGUGAAAAGGACGAGUACGAAUUCCGAGUGAUUGCUGUCAACUCGGCCGGUGAAGGAGAACCCUCGAAACCAUCUGACCUUGUCGUGAUCCAAGAACAACCAGGACGACCCAUCUUCGACCUAUCAAACCUCAAGGACAUAACUGUCCGUGCUGGAGAGACAAUUCAGAUCAAAAUUCCUUAUUCUGGUGGAAAUCCAAAACCGAUCGUCGACCUGUUCAACGGAUCGACACCGCUGUUUGAAAAUGACCGCACCGUAAUUGAUGUGAACCCCGACUCAAUAGUUAUCACGACGACUGACUCGAAGAGAAGUGACGCCGGACCGUACAAGAUUGUCCUUUCAAACCGAUUGGGCAAGGACACCGCCAAGCUGAAUGUGAACGUGCUUGAUGUUCCUGGCAAGCCCACUGGACCAAUACGUGCUACCGAUAUCCAGGGAGAUGCAAUGACCCUUCAUUGGUCACCUCCGAAAGACAAUGGAGGCGACGAUGUUACUAACUACGUCGUUGAGAAGAGGACCCCUGGUGGAGAAUGGGUCACUUGUGGACAUCCCGUUGGAACGUCGCUUCGGGUGAGAAACCUGGACAAGAAUCAACCCUACGAAUUCCGCGUAUCGGCGGAGAACCAGUACGGAGUCGGACAACCGCUUGAAACUGAUGACAUCAUUGUCGCUAAAGAUCCCUUCAGUCCACCUGGAGCCCCUGGCCAGCCUGAAGCAGUUGAAACAUCUGAGGAGGCGAUUGUUCUACAAUGGACGCGUCCACUAAACGAUGGCGGGGCACCUAUUCAGGGCUAUGUGAUUGAAAAGCGAGAAGUAGGAACCAAGGAAUGGACAAAAGCUGCUUACGGUACAGUGCCGGAAACCAAACAUAGGGUGACUGGACUUGUUCCCAAGAAGGAAUACGAAUUCCGAGUUUGUGCUACGAACGCUGCCGGAAAUGGUGACUGGAGCGAAGCCAGCUUCCCUAUUGCUGCUGAGAAAUCACCGAAAAAGCCGAUCAUCGACAUCACGAUGCUUACACGGGAUGUUAUCGCUUUUGUUGGAGAAACUGCCAAGAUCCUCGUACCAUACAGUGCAUCUCCCAUGCCUCGUAUAUCCUGGUCUAAGGGAGACCUGAAAUUGGACGAACGUGACAAGAGAAACAAAGUCGACAGUAACGAUUUCCUGACUGCCAUGACAAUUGACAAGUGCGAGCUCAGCGAUUCUGGACUAUACACCGUUACCCUGGAGAACUCCAUGGGCAAGGACAGUGCAACCGUCAAGCUGCGCGUGGUCAAUCGUCCUUCUCCACCUGAGGGACCUCUCGAGAUCACGGACAUCGCCCCAGACUGCUGCACCCUGGCGUGGAAACCACCGAAGAGCGACGGCGGAUCACCAAUAACCAACUAUAUCGUCGAAAAGCUCUGCUUGAAGGGUGCUGAUCCAAAAUGGGAAAAAGUUUCAUCGUUUGUGAGAAACACGACGUUUGUUGUACCAAGACUGCAGGCUGGAGAGCAGUACAAAUUCCGCAUUCGUGCUGAGAAUCAGUUUGGGAUCUCAGAACCGCUUGAGAAUCCUGACCCAAUCACUGCAAAAUAUCAGUUCAACGUACCUGCUCAACCAGAAGCACCCACCGUUCGUGACAUGGACUCUAACUGGGCAGAGAUCGAAUGGGAUACACCUGCCAACGGUGGUUCGAAGAUUCUCGGCUAUCAAGUGCAGUAUCGUGAGGCAUCGUCUGCCAAAUGGAUCAACGCCAGUACAGAUCUCAUACCUCAGAAUUCAAUGAGAAUAAACAACCUCCGCGAAAACGGAGAAUAUGAAUUCAGAGUACUGGCAAAGAACGCUGCCGGAUUCUCGAAACCAUCACCGCCAUCAGAGAGGAAGAAACUACGAGCAAAAUUCGGACCUCCUGGACCACCAAGUCAGGCAAAUGCCCAGUCCAUUGGUCGCAACCACGUAACCCUCACCUGGGUAGCUCCACUCGAUGAUGGAGGAUCUCCAAUCACCGGAUAUAUUGUGGAACAACGUGAGUACGGUAGCACCGUAUGGACGAAGGUUAGCGAUUAUAACAUCCGCGAUCCCGAGUUCACUGUGCCUGGUCUCAAGGAGUUCCACGAUUACGAGUUCCGUAUCAUUGCAAUCAAUAAAUACGGAAAAGGAGUACCAUCCCUGCCAACAGGACCUAUCAAGAUUCAGGAUUUGAAUGGUUCUCGACCACAAAUAGUCGUGAAGCCAGUAGACACUGCGCAACCGUACAACAGGAGAGCAGUCUUCGUCUGUGAGGCUGUUGGCCGCCCUGACCCCGUCUGUCGGUGGAUCAGAAAUGGCCGCGAGCUACCCGAAAGCAGCCGAUACAGGUUCGAGGGACAUGACGGUACAUUCAAAUUCACAAUCAAAGAAGUCUGGGAUAUCGAUGCUGGAGAGUACACCUGUGAAGUGUCGAACGUUUACGGUAGCGAUUCUGCUACUGCAAAACUCAUCGUUCAAGCUCCACCGAUUAUUGAAAAGGACGUACAGAAUACCAUUCUGCCAAUGGGUGAGAUGGUCCGUCUGAAGAUAUAUUUCUCGGGUACACCUCCGUUCAAUCACUCAUUGACAUUGAACAAGGAAGAAGUGGACGCUGACCAUCCGACAAUCCGUACUGUCGACUUCGACGAUCACAUCCUCAUCACCAUCCCAUCACUUUCAACCCGUGAAGCUGGUCGAUACGAAUACACGAUCAGCAAUGACAGUGGUGUGGCUUCAACUGGGUUCUGGCUGAAUGUCACCGGACUACCCGGUGCACCACAAGGACCUCUGCAUUUCAGCAAUGUUGGCCCACAUCAGGUUACCCUGUCUUGGCGCCCACCAGUGAAUGACGGAGGCUCAAAGAUCACAAAUUAUGUUGUCGAAAAGAGGAACGUAGAGAAGGAUGAGUGGACCGUUGUUGCCUCCAGUAUUCGUGACCUGUCUUUCACAGUACAAGGCCUAUUCGAAAACCACGAGUACGAGUUCCGAGUGAGUGCAGCUAAUGAAAAUGGUCAAGGUGUGCCACUCGUAGGCGAAAACCCAGUAGUGACUCGACUUCCGUUUGACCGCCCAGGACCGCCAACCGACUUGGAGGUUAUGGAAGUUGGUGGAGACUUCUUGACGCUAACUUGGCAUCGACCGCAAUCUGAUGGCGGAGGCCGUAUUCGCGGUUACUAUGUCGAGAAAUGUGAGGAUGACCAGGAAGUAGCGUGGGUGCGAUGCAACCAGAACCCAUCCCCAGGAAACUCCUUCAACGUUUCGAGCCUCAUCGACGGAAGAAAGUACAGAUUCCGUGUGUUCGCCGUCAACGACGCCGGCUUGUCUGAUGCCGCUGAAAUGGAUCUGAUGGAAUUCAAGUCUGCAGGCGGUGGAACUCCUCCCGAAAUCAUUUCCCAGUUGUCGGACCAAUCUGUUGAGCCAGGACGUGGUGCAACGUUUGAGUGUGAAAUCACUGGUUCUCCACGACCUGAGUAUAGUUGGUUCAAGGGCAUGAAGGAACUAGUGGACACUUCGAGAUUCACGAUUCUCUCUAAGGGUGAUAAGCAGAUUCUCAUGGUCAAUCACGCGAACCCCGAAGAUGCAGACGAGUACACUUGUCGCGCUACGAACAAAUUCGGCACAAAGAGCACCAGAGCACAGUUGUUGCUAAUGUCUAAACCGAGAGUGUUCUUGCCACCUCGCUACCAUGGUGGGUAUGAAGCUCAGAAGAGCGAGACGAUCGAGUUGAAGAUCCCCUACAAAGCCUUCCCACGAGCUGAAUCUCGAUGGACGAAGGACGGCGAACCGAUCGAGAAUGGUGGUCGUUACGAAAUUACAACUGACGACAAGACCGCCACUCUGCGCAUUUCCAACGCGACUCGAGAUGAUUACGGUCAAUAUCGAGUAACUGUUGAAAACUGUGUGGGACAAGACUCAACCACUGUGGGUGUCACCGUGGCCGAUUGCCCAGAACCACCUCGAUUCCCCAUCGUUGAAAACGUGUUGGAUGAGGCUGUGAUUCUGUCAUGGAAACCUCCAAAUCUUGAUGGUGGAUCGCUAGUCACUCAGUACAUUGUAGAAAGGAGAGAUACCGCUGGAGGAGCGUGGGAACCAUGUGCGAAGACACGCUUCGCCUGUGUUACCGUGGAGGGAUGCCGUCCAAAGAAGACCUACCAAUUCCGAAUCAGUGCUGAGAACAAGCACGGUGUAUCGCAACCUUGCGAGCCAACUGCUCCAGUGACUAUUCCGGGAGAUGACCGUAUCCGACAAAGAGACUACGACGUUGACGAUACUGGCAAGGUGAUUCGUGGUAAAGGCCCAACUAUGGCCAACUAUGAUGGCUACGUGAUUGAUGUGUGGAAGCAGUACUACCCUCAAGAAGUUGAGAUCAAACACACUCCUGUGCUUGACCAAUACGAUAUCCAUGAAGAGAUCGGAACGGGUGCAUUCGGCGUGGUACAUCGCUGCACUGAGCGCGCAACUGGUAACACCUUUGCUGCCAAGUUCGUAAACACUCAGAACGAAGCCGAUAAGGCAACCGUCCGUAAAGAGAUCAACACCAUGUCAGUGCUUCGACAUCCCAAACUCAUUAACUUACACGAUGCAUUCGAAGGUGACAAGGAAAUGGUCAUGAUUUACGAGUUCAUGUCUGGUGGCGAAUUGUUCGAAAAAGUCGCCGAUGAUUCAAAUCGAAUGACUGAAGCCGAAGCAAUCGAGUACACUCGCCAAGUGUGCAAGGCGUUGUGCCACAUGCACGAGAUGAACUAUGUUCAUUUGGAUUUGAAGCCAGAAAAUAUCAUGUUCACCACAAAGAAGAGCAACGAGUUGAAGUUGAUCGACUUUGGCCUCGCCUCUUACCUGGACCCCAAGGAAAGCGUUAAGGUCACGACGGGCACUGCGGAAUUCGCAGCUCCUGAAGUAGCCAACGGAGAACCAGUCGGUUACUACACGGAUAUGUGGAGUGUCGGAGUACUGGCAUACAUCCUCCUGUCAGGGCUGUCACCAUUCGCAGGUGAAAACGAUGAAGAAACCCUAAAGAAUGUGAAAAAGUGCGAUUGGAACAUGGACGACCCGAUCUUCAGCCAAGUCUCUGACAAUGCCAAAGACUUUGUUCGCAAGUUACUCGUUGCAGAACCAGGAAGUCGAAUGACAAUUCAUGAGGCUCUGAAUCAUCCAUGGUUGUCAAGCGGUGAAGUUGGUAAAGGUGAUGUGAUUCCAAGUAACCGAUACCACUCCAUUCGUGAUUCGAUUCGUCAGAAAUACGAUGCUUGGCCAGAACCGGUGCCACCACUCGGUCGUAUUUCCAACUUCAGUUCUCUUCGAAAACACCGUCCAACUGAGUACCACAUUCACGAUGCCUUCUUCGAGCGCUCUGAAGCUCAGCCACGGUUUAUCAUCAAGCCGUUCAGUACAUCGGUGACUGAAGGGCAGAGUGCCAACUUCUACUGCCGAGUAAUCGCCUCGUCAACACCAAUUGUUACCUGGCAUCACGACUCGACGGAACUGAAGCAAAGUGUGAAAUACAUGAAGAAGUACAACGGCAACGACUAUGGUCUCACUAUCAACAGGGUGAAAAUGGACGACAAAGGCGAAUACACAGUUCGUGCAAAGAACUCGUACGGGUCGAAAGAAGAAGUCGUAUUCCUCACUGUCAACAAGAAGAGCGAAGAAUUCAAGAGCAAACCAUUGGAACCAAUGCGAAAGGCGCCCUCACCACCGAAAGUCGAAGAGUUCAAGGAAAAAGAUAUUCCUCCGAACUUCUCGUUCCACCUUCGCCCACGCUUGAUCCAAAAGAAUCAUCAAUGCAAGCUGAUUUGUACAUUACAAGGAAACCCCCUCCCUACUGUGGAAUGGUUCAAAAAUGGAGUACCCGUCGAUCAAGACCGCGUACAGACGACAUUCCGAAGUGGCGUCUGCACAUUGGAGAUCUUCAACACGCGACUCGAUGAUGCUGGCACAUACACCUGCAAGGCAACGAGUCCUCUUGGAGAGGCUGUUUCUGAGUGUGUCGUCACGGUGCAGACGAAAGGAGGAGAACCCAUGCCUCGUGUCUCUUCAUACCGCACCAAAAGGACAUAUGAUUCGCUGACUGUUAACGAAGUUGAAAAGUCGAGAUCGUACUCCGAUUUCCGGACUGAAUCGUCAUCGUACUCUUCGUCUCGUUCCUCCUACAGCUCCAAAUACGAGUCGAGUACGCGAUCAGCAGCAGACGAUCUCAAAAUAAAAGUCUCCACUGAGCCACCAAACUUCGCUAGCAAACUCAAGGAUGUUACUGUCGAUCAUGGAGAACCGGUCACGUUAUCUUGUGAGGUGGAAGGAACCCCAUCACCCCUGAUCGAAUGGCUACACAAUGGUGAACGCGUGACAGAUCCGCGAUUAGCAACUUCCUUUUCUGGAGGGAAAGCGACGUUGACAAUCUCCGAAGCGGGCGCCGACGACGUGGGAGAGUACGUUUGCAGGGCCAGCAACUCUGCUGGACAGGAAUCAUGCCGAGCUAACGUCACCGUGCGACCAGCUCAAAACGCACAAAUUGAAAAUGGACAUGUAAAUGGAACCGAAGAGGAGGGGUUACGAAGAUGUAAAGUAAAUAAUGCGGAAAAGGAAACAAAUGUACCCAUUUAUUUUGAUGAAGAAUGGAAAACGAUUGCACUGGAAAAAGUGAAUCGUCGUUUCUUGACACUGAAUGAAAUAAUAUUUGAACAGAUCCGUUGCGGCUGUAGAAUUGUCCGACAUCUUGCUGGCCAAAUUGUGGACGAAGGCGCCUCCGUCAGUCUAGAAGCCUGUGCAUCAGGGAAACCCGAUCAAUUGAGAUGGACAAAGAAUGGAGUGGAGGUGAAAAGUGAUAGCCGAACGGAAAUAGUACAAGAUGGCGAACGAUAUCGGCUAACCAUCAGCAAUGCGACGGCAGAUGACUCCGGAACGUAUCAACUGGAACUCGAUUCCAAAGGAUCGCAACUCACCUCUGUUGCAUCACUCGUUGUUUCUGGAAAACCUAAUGAGCCGCCUGUCACGAAACUGCCUGCUUCGGUCAGCGUGUCAUCAGGAUCAGCUACAAAACUGGUUUUGGAAAUGAAAGACUCCGAAGGCUAUACCGUGCAAUGGUUCAAGGGUGCCGAAAAGGUCGAGAAAUCUGAUCGGCUGAAAUCCGUCAAGAGUGGCGACACUUUCAAACUUGACUUCAAGAGUGUGGAGCCAACCGAUGAAGGAGUGUAUGUAGCGAAAGUCGUCAAGGAUAAGAAAGCAGUGGCCAAGUACUCCGCUGCCAUCCGAGUAGAGCCAUAG